AUGGCGGCUACCGAACCCAUUCAGCGAAACCACACCCGACUCAUCCCGAUAAUUUCUCAAAGCGACGAGGACAGACGAAUCCGAGAGGAAGCAGAAUGGACUCCUACCAUACUGCGCUUCUUUGACUAUUUGACGGCCGUUCCAGUUGAUCGUGCUUUCCGAAUCCUGGGAUUGUGGACGGCGGAGCUGACUUUUGAGGACUUUGCUGCCACGAUGGUCGCUAAAAUCCCAACAAGCUGGUUUUCCGAAACACAUUAUGCACCAGUCGGCCCUCGUCUGGUUUUCGCCAACAACCGGCUAUCCCUGGAGCAGUCCCAGGAAUCAGAUCGGGCCCCGCUCAUUUUACCCUUCCAUGUGUUCUCCAACCCGAGCGAGCAGAUCAGUCCUCCGCCGGGGCCUCCCUCCAAACGCAGAGCUCUUAACUGCUUUAUGGCGUUUCGCAGUUACUUUUCUGGCAUUUUCCCUGGCAUUCGCCAGGCGACGAAAUCUAGUCUGCUGAGUGAAAUUUGGAAGACUGAUCCACUCAAGUCCCACUGGUCACUUUUGGCAAGGGCAUACACAAUCAUCCGCGACAAUUUCCGGAUGGAAGACCCCACCCUGCCCCUGUUCAUUCGACUUGUUGCCAAUUACAUGGGAAUGCCCUUGCCCCGAGCCUACUUGGCUCUGUGUGGUUUUACUGUCGAGCUGCAACUAUUCCCAGAGCGGAGAUACAAGGUCCAUGGUCCAAAUCUGAACGAGCGGAUUAUUCCACAUGUCCGUACGAUCGAAAUCAGUGAAAUUGUGGCGUUUCUUCAAGCCAGUGAACUCUACCAAAUGGAGCAAUAUCCAAGUUCCAUUUGGCCGUAUGAGAAUUCUCCUCGUGAGAAUGGUCAAAUGGCGGUUCGUAUCGACCCUGAUCAACCUGUGAUUGACGAUCCCCUUGCCGGUCUCUUUGAUGAACGAAACUGGGAACUCGACCUGGAGGACACAUACUCUGUUGUCGAUGACAGUUUGGACCCCGACCAGGACUUAGUUUACUGGCCCGCCAUUGACCUCAACAGCCUGGCACGUUUCGAUGACGAGCGGAUGGAGACUUCUGACGGAUACCGCGCCAGACGGAAUGACGGUUCAAUUUCUGGCGUGCCCCCGCUUCCUAGCAACAGCUAG